AUGCACUCAAACAAGAACGUGCAAGGGAAGGCCGAGCAGGCUGUUUUAGAAAACUUUGAUUUCCUCAAUGAUGGGGUUGAAGUGGAUGAGGGUGAUGAUGAUGAUGAAGACUGGAAAAGUGAAGAGAUCAACACAGUGAAACAAGAAAAGUCUGGAAAUGAUGAUGAAACUGAUGCCACAAGCAUGGUGAUGGCUCUGAAGUCUCUGGAGUUCAAUUUUAGCAACAUAAGCAUUGGAAACAUGGUAAAUCCAUGGGAAGAUGGAGGUGUGCGCAUGGUGGACACAGACCAUCAACAGGCAUCUUCCAGAGCAGGCUCUGGACAGUAUGGUGUUGGGGUCAAUGAUGAAGCUCUGGAACAAAUGGGUUUGGGUGAACUUGCUCAGCUGACUGUUACCAAUGAAGCAGAUGGCAUCUUUGAUGAUGUGAUAGCAAACAAGGAGUCCUACUCAAAAAUGUGGAAUGCAAAAUACACUCUGCGGUCACACUUCGAUGGGAUCAGGGCGCUGGCUUUCCAUCCCAUUGAGCCAGUGCUGGUGACAGCAAGUGAAGAUCACACCAUGAAGCUGUGGAAUCUGAAGCGCACCAUCCCGGCCAAGAAGUCAGCAUUUCUGGACGUGGAGCCGAUCUACACGUUCCGCGGCCACGUGGGCGCCGUGUUGUGUGUCAGCAUGAACCCGACCGGUGAGCAGUGCUACUCGGGGGGGCUGGACGGAACAGUGCGCGUCUGGAACCUGCCCAACUCGAACAUCGACCCAUAUGACGCGUACGACCCGGACGUGCUGAGUCAAACGCUGGCCGAGCACACAGACGCUAUCUGGGGGCUGGCCUUCCACACGCAGAAGACACGGCUGCUCUCCUGCUCGACGGACGGCACCGUCAAGCUGUGGAGCCCGGGCACCAAGACGCCACUGUUGCAGUCGUACUCAGCCGAACCUGCGCUCGGCCUGCCCAGCUCCGUGGACUUCGUGCACGAGGACUGCAGUCAGAUGGUGGUGGCCUACACCACCGGCCGCUCGGCCAUCUACGACCUAGAGACGUCCAAGCUGGUGGUGGAGCUGGACUCCAACCAGAACGCCGACGUCGCCGCCGUCCACGACCAGAUCAACUGCGUGGUGUCGCACCCGACCAUGCCGUUGACGGUGGCGGCGCACGAGGACCGGCACAUCCGCUUCUACGACAACGUGACGGGCAAGGCGGUGCACGCCAUGGUGGCACACCAGGAUGCUGUCACCAGUCUGGCCGUCGAUCCGAACGGCCUGUACCUGCUAUCAGGCAGCCACGACUGCAGCAUCCGACUAUGGAACCUCGACAACAAACAGUGCGUCCAGGAGAUCACGGCCCAUCGUAAAAAGUGCGACGAGAGCAUCCACUGCGUGGGCUUCCAUCCCUCCAAGCCGUACAUCGCGUCGGCCGGCGCGGACGCGCUUGCUAAGGUGUUCGUCUAGAGCGGCGAUGGCGGGCCCGGACUGGAACAGCCGACUUGUGGUGAACGAUGGCGCGUGGAGACCCGGUACUGACCUACUCGUUAAGUCACUGUGGAAGUGUAUCAUUGGAUAUCCGUUUCUUUUUUAUGGUAGUCCUUGGGCGGAGAAUGUUCGGUGGUAGCGUUCAUUCGCUAUAAUUAUUGAGCGCUGGGAUUUUAUGAAGAUUCGGAGAUUAUAUGAAGUAUUGCGCCGGUUGUGGCCGUGACGUCCUGCUCUCUGCGAACAUACCAUUGGCGUGCGAGCGAGCGUUUUCAUCAGUUUCAUGUGUCCUUCCUAGCAACGAGUGGAUCGGUGCGUAUAUCGUAUGGCUGCUGAUUAUUUUGAGUAGAUUCUGCCGCCGGUGGCCCGAUGUGUCCAAUGCUGACGCCCUCGAGACGUCUUAAUCCUGUUUCUCCAGGACCUGUUGUACGAACUGACCUAAAUCGUGGUUGAAUUACUGUUUUGAUGGUAUGCAUGGCAAACGGCCGGGAAAUGAGCCUGACUUGGUCUCUCUGUGCUCUGAAGGUGUAAUUAAUAAAUUAUGCCAUCGGUGCUGUCA